AUGGACUACUUCGACUGGAUUUGGCGAGACUCGGACCAGUACAAAAGACAAUCAGGGCUAGUUCUUCUAUGGAGUAUUUGGACAUACAGAAACCAAAUUGUUCACAGUACAAUUGAGCAACCUUGCUCUCAGAAGAUUAGGGCUUUUACCGAAAGUAAAAUUUAUGAGUUCACCACAAAUCUUGGAGGGAACCUGAACAUGGAGGAUAAAAAUCUCCCUAGGACCGUCGGCUGGACCCCCCCGGCGCAGCACCUGUGGAAACUAAAUGUUGAUGCUACUUGGAUGGAUUCGUUGCAUGCCGGCGGUCUCGGGUGGAUUGUUCGUGACUCCGAAGGGCGCUUCAUCAUGGCAGAGUGUCUCAAAGCAUUGAGUCAAUCCCUUACCCUAGAAGCUGGAAUCAAAAUUGAGAUGGAAUCAGAUUGUCUGGAAGUAGUGAACAUCAUCAAUAAAUCGUCCAUGGUGCUCACCGAAGUUUCUCUAAUUGUUGAAGACAUAUGGAAAGAGAUGGAAUCCUUGCCAAUUGAAGGAUUCAAGCAUCUGCCGAUGAAGGCUAAUGGAGUCGCUCAUGGGAUAGCAAGGAGAGCGUGCGUCUUCGUGGAACAUGUUUUGCCCUACGUGGCUGUCUGCUUUGUUGGCUGUUGA